AAAGUGGGGAGGGGUCUCCAUUCAUAAUCCGGGAGGAGAAAUGGGCCACGAGGAGGAAGAGAGAAAAAAGAGAUGUUCUACUAACUGAGCCAUGGACCUUCCCCGUGUGCAGAAGUUAGAGGAGCUUCAUCUUACGUCCUCUUGCCCACUUGGGGGGGAGAAAUAGGAAGGGGUUGCUGAGGAAAGCCUGGAUCAGUCAGAAGCUACUAGCCUGUCUGCUUGCUCCAAACCUGAUCUGAUCUCCUCUCCUAGAUGGAGGAUCCAUUUGUCAAAGGUCUCAAGAAAGGAUCUGCAAGCAGCUGUUCAGGUGAGGGACAGGACAGUCAUCCUUCUCGGGAGCCACAUCAAGUCUCAUCAGAAAUAGCCACGCCUGAAGUGAAGGAAGAAACCUUUGGAGAUCAAGAGUUAACAAGAAGUCAGGAGGAAAGCCAAGCGGAGAAUGGGAGGAAUAAAGCCACUCAUACCCAGGCCGAUAACUCAUGUCAAAUCCCAGUCCAGAAAAACCAUCACAAGACGAAGGAGAAGCAUGAGUGUCCUUCAUGUGGCAAAAUAUUCGAGAGUAAAUCUCACCUUCACUCACACUGUAGAAUCCACACAGGGGAUUCUCCCCACGUGAUUCUUUUCCGCAUUCCCUGCGGAAAGAGUUUCAGUCAGAUUUCACAUAUUGCUUCACAUCGGAGAAUUCACACAGAAGAGAAACCACAUAAAUGUGUGGAGUGUGGGAAGACCUUCAGUCAGAGUUCACACCUUAGUUUACAUCAGCGAGUCCACACAGGAGAAAAAAUAUUUAAAUGCUUGAAAUGUGGAAAGAGCUUUAGUAAGAGGACAGCCCUCACUAAACAUUGUGGAAUUCACACAGCAGGGAGACCAUAUAAUUGCAUGGAGUGUGGAAAAGAAUUCACUCGGAACUGUCAUCUUAUUUCACAUCAGAGAAUCCACACAGGAGAAGAACCAUAUAGAUGUGUGGAAUGUGGAAAGAGCUUUAGCCAUAGCUCUAGCCUUUCUUCACAUCAAAAAAAUCACACAGGGGUGAAACCAUAUACCUGCUUUGAGUGUGGAAAGAGUUUCAGGCUUAGCUCACAACUUAAUUCACAUAGCAAAAUCCACACAGGAGAGAAACCAUAUAAAUGUUUGGAAUGUGGAAGGACAUUUGCCCAUAGCGUGUCCCUUACUUCACAUAAGAGAACUCACACAGGGGAGAAUCCAUUUAAAUGCUUGGAAUGUGGAAAGAACUUUAGCCGUAGCUAUAACCUUAUUUCACAUCAAAAACUUCACACAGGAGAGAAACCAUAUAAAUGUUUGGAAUGUGGAAGGACAUUUGCCCAUAGCGUGUCCCUUACUUCACAUAAGAGAACUCACACAGGGGAGAAUCCAUUUAAAUGCUUGGAAUGUGGAAAGAACUUUAGCCAUAGCUCUAACUUUAUUUCACAUCGAACACUUCACACAGGAGUGAAACCAUAUACCUGCUUUGAUUGUGGAAAGAGUUUCAGGCUUAGCUCACAACUUAGUUCACAUAGCAGAAUCCACACAGGAGAGAAACCAUAUAAAUGUUUGGAAUGUGGAAGGACGUUCGCCCACAGCUCAUCCCUUACUUCACAUAAGAGAACUCACACAGGGGAGAAACCAUUUAAAUGCUUGGAAUGUGGAAAGAGCUUCAGUCAGAGGUCACAUCUUUCUUCCCAUCAGAGGACUCACACUGGCAAGAAACCAUAUCAGUGCUGGGAGUGUGGGAAGAGCUUCAAUCAGAGUUCACACCUUACUGUGCAUCAGCGGAUCCACACAGGAGAGAAGCCAUAUAAAUGCAUGACAUGUGGGAAGAGCUUCAGUACUAGGACAUACCUUACUUGUCAUCACAGAAUCCAUACAGGGGAGAAGCCGUAUAAGUGCUUUGAGUGUGGAAAGAGCUUCAGUCAGAAUGCAAGCCUUAGUACGCAUCAAAAGAUGCACAGAGGGGAAAAGUAUGCAUGCUUUGAAUGUGGAAAAAGCUUCAGUGGUAGCUCAGGUCUUAUUUCUCAUCACAAAAUCCACACAGGAGAGAAACAAUAUAAGUGCUUGGAGUGUGGAAAGAGCUUUACACGGAAUACACACUUUACUUCUCAUCAGAAAAUCCACACAGGAGAGAAACGAUAUAAAUGCUUGGAGUGUGGAAAGAGUUUCAGGCAUAGCUCAGAACUUAGUUCACAUAGCAGAAUCCACACAGGAGAGAAACCAUAUAAAUGUUUGGAAUGUGGAAGGACGUUCGCCCACAGCUCAUCCCUUACUUCACAUAAGAGAACUCACACGGGAGAAACCAUAUAAAUGCUUAGAAUGUGGAAAGAGCUUUUGGUGGAGUACACACUUUACUUCUCAUCAGAAAAUCCACACAGGAAACCAUAUAAGUGCUUGUAGUGUGGGAAGAGCUUUCGAUGGAAAGCAUACUUCAUCUCACAUCAAAGAAUCCAUAUGGAGGAGCCACUAUAAAAAUAUCACACUAGGUUAUAAGUAUCCAUAUCUCUUGCAGAACUUCAAGGAAUUCACAAAGGAUAAAACAGCAUCCCUCUUCCAGCCAGCAGCAAAACUCUGACCUCUUUCUUCUUUGGGUGGCUCACUGAAGAAACACAUUUCAGCCCUCAAAGGCCAUUAUGGAAGCAUAUUCACCCAGCGGUAGUAACGUGACUGGCCUUUAGCAAGCAAAGAAGCAAGUCUCCAAAUAUAGCUAGCAGCCCUGAACUGUACAUACGUUUAGUGCAGCAACAUUUAGAAUCCUGUCUGCCAUCCUUGUCACUUCUCAAAGAAGAUUUCGUGAAGCUAAGAAAGGCACAGAAAUGGACUUCUGGAACUACAAAGAGCCUGGAGCCCAUUCACGGUUGGAGCAUGUUCACUCUGAGGAGAUGCUGACCCGUUUCUGUUUUUUGGAGGUGGGGGGAUCUAGAGGUUCCCAACCACUGUUGGAGAAACACCGUAACUCAGUGUCACCUGUUGAAAAUGGUUGGCAAGCUUUGAAUAUAGACAAAAGGAAGGACUAAUAUUUUCACUCUGUAUAUGUAAGUACAUGCUGGGGGAAGAGAACUGGGACAGAGCUGGACAUUCAUGUGCCACUUUUGAACCCCUGUGGGCAUCCAUCGGGUGCUGUUGGAGAUAGGAUGGGAGCCCUCCCAUGGACUUCAGGUGGGAUUUUGCAGAGCAGUUCUUAGUUAAGAGAGCCAAGAUUUACUGGUUGGCAAGCUUUGAAUACAGACAAAAAGGAGGACUAAUAUUUUCACAUUCUGUAUAUGUAAUGUUUUUGAAUGUGGUUAGCAAUAAUGCAUUUAUUUUGCUUUCUCCUUGGAAGUAAUAGAUGGAUUAAGCGAGAGGAGAAUUUCUUUAUGCAUUACAAAGGUUGUCACUGGAAUGAUGCAGUUCUCUGCUUUGCAAAUUCAACAAGUCUAAUAAUUCUGAGCUUUUGAAACAUUAAGAUGUUCAACGGCUUCUAAACAUGAGUGCUUUCUUUGCUCAGAAGAGGGAUCCAUAGGUAAACUCUUAGAUUACCUCCUUCCAUUUAAAGGGUGCCCUUUGAACCAUACACAUCUUCAGGAUAAAACACGGGGAGGACAUUACAGUGAAGUGUCUGCCUAACUGUUACAUGUCUGUUGGUGUCGUUCCCUUUCAGUGGAAUGGUGGGAUAUUAUACAGUCACGAGAGUGGCUGUAUACUAUAGUCAGUAGGGAUUUUUUGCGUUCUACCAUGUUAAAUGAAAAUAACCCCCCACACCCCUUUCUAGUGCUUUGUAUAGUCCCAAUUCAAAACAAAAACUUACAAGGCUUAUACUGUUGGAUUCAGAAUCGCUUGCUCUACAACUCUGGAAGUUUUCUUGGUGAUACACAAGCCCCCCACGGAGAAUCCACAGGUUAAAGUGAAAAACGGGAGGGAAAAAGCUAGAAGCCGUUUGGACUUUUUUUUCUUGAAAUUGACAUAAUCUGUUGUCCUUGAUUACAACUCAGAGAUGACUCUAAGAUAUCCCUAAUCAAUUGCCCGAGCUUGCCCCAAACACAGUACUUCAUCUGUACUAGGUUUAAAUUAAAAAAGGCAUGGUUUAUUUUUAAUUAAUUGAUUAAAAAAUGCAUUAGAAUGGAUUAUAACGUACUGCAUGCACAUGUUGCGCUGCAGCCAACUCAGAAGGGACAGGAAGGGGGGAGGCAUGAGUUUCAGGCACCUCCGCAGCCAGAAGAAGCCGAGUUAGGGAUUGUUGUGUCUGAGCAGGAUCGUGCGGGAGGGGGGCAGCCUGCUCUUCAGCCAGUUCCCACGAGUAAUGCCCUUUCUGAGGAGCCGAGCGCACUGCCCCCAGUUGAAGCAGAGGACUUGGGGGAGGAAGCUUCAGAGUCAGUGCCACCUCCUCCUUUUCCAAGCAGUUCCCAGGAGGAUUCCAGCAUGGCACCGCCCCCUGACCUCGAGCCUGUUACUCGGGAGCAGGUGUCUUCAGAUGAGCUGUUGGAUGCACGUCCCCUGUCUCCUCGUUUCCGUCGCUGCCAGAAACUGACAGGGCAAAGACAGGAAUUACGAAGGAGUAAGAGAUUACGUUCAAAAACAUUUCCUAUAUAAGCCUGCCGCUCCCAGUGGGGGUCGUUGAGUCAACUUCCUUCACACACUGCAGAGCAUGUCUAGAGUAUAGUUAGGGACUCUAGUGAGUUAGCGUAGGGUUUCCUAUGAAGCGCAAUGCCUUUGAUGUAUCCAUUACUCU